UCCUUUUGAAUUUUAAUUUUUUUUAUCUAGUGAGAACUAUUUUGAAAAAUAUAAUUUAUAAUAAAAAAUGUUGAAUUUAAAAAAAAUAUUAAUUCUAUUUUUUACAUUAUUUAUUGUUUUUGAAAAUGCUACCAGUGAAAGAAAAACUGAGAUGAAAAAAUUAAUGCUAGAAUACAAUGCAGCAAUCAUGAAAGAAUGGCAGAAGGUAGAUGCAGUAUGCAGAGACCAAUCAGGAUUUAAUUUUACCUUUGAUAAUCAGUUAACUUUAGUUGAACAAAUUAAAAAAGGAUCUGAAUCGGCAAUAUGUUUUGGUGAAUGUGCCCUAAUUGAAUUUGGAAUUAUUGAAGAUGAAAGUCAUAUCAAUCCUGUAAAAUUAUUAAAAAUGAUACCUAGUAACUGGAGAAAUGGUGAUUUUAAGGAUAAAAUUGAUUUAUUAAUGGACAAAUGUGAUCUCAAAACUGAAAAAGACAAAAGUUGUUCACUAGGUUCCACAACUAUUAACUGUUUAACUACCUUUUCUGAAAUUAUUGAAACAAUGCCAAUGGCAAACAUAACAAAAUUAAUCCAAGGAUUUAUGAACGCAGAUAAAAUAAAUAAGUGAAGAGUAAUAUGUAGUUUUUUUUAAUUAUAGUGAUAAAUUAUUCCAAAAAAUCUGUGAG